UGAGACAUUGCCUGUUUAAAUGGUAAACGCGAGGCAGCUUGGAAUAGCAGCUUUAUAGAGGAUUGGACUCAGUUUUUGUCUGAUGCAACAGCGCUUGUAUCUGUCACAGCUCUCGUCGACCAUUUACUGUGUGUGUUUUUUGGGUUGGAAAAAUAGGAAAUUCCAAGUAAACUGAUGCCAUUUGGGCGGGCGGAGCGCACUCCUUCCUACGGCUUCAGUGUGCGUGAAAGAGAUGGACCUUCACAUCCUGGAGCAUCGGCUCCGGGUCACCAGCCUCAGUAAAGCUGGGCUGGAGCGCUACACGCACGGCCUCAUCAAGCUGGUCUUCCUGCGGGACAGGACAAGGUGCAAGUUUUUCAGCCUGACAGAGAUGACUGAUGACUAUACAUUGGUAUUAGAUGAAGAGGGAUUUAAAGAGUUGCCUCAAACAGACUUCCUGCAAGUAGGAGAAGCAAUCUGGCUGGCACUAAAUGUUGUGUCCAAUGGUCAUUCUUCAACCAGCUCGCAGACAAUCGGAGUGACAAAGAUAGCAAAAUCCGUGAUUGCUCCACUAGCUCAACAUAACGUUUCGGUGUUUAUGUUAUCGACCUAUCAGACUGACUUCAUAAUGGUGAGGGAGAGUGAUUUACCAGCAGUCAUUUGCACCCUGUCUGAAGAAUUCAGUAUUUACAAGGAGGAAAAUGGUGAAUCAGUCCCAGUCGAUGGUGGCUGUGUUACAAAUGGCUUUAUAAAACCAAAAAACGCUGCCAGCCCCACAGUUCACCCAGUGCUAAGUCCCAAGAACCAGUUUUGUGUCAUGAGCUUGGACCCAGAUAUGCUUCCUACCAUUGCCACUAUUCUCAUGGAUGUCAUGUUUUAUUCUGCAAGUUUGAAAGCUCGACCUGCGGAUCAGGAUCUUGACUACAUUCGUUUCUUUUCUUUUUCUUUGAUUGACGGCUAUAUUUCCAUUGUGGUUGAUACCCAGACGCAGAAGCGAUUCCCCAGCAACCUGCUCCUCACAAGUGCUUCGAGUGAGUUAUGGAGGAUGGUGCGAAUAGGUGGUCAGCCCCUGGGAUUUGAUGAAUGUGGGAUUGUUGCACAGAUCUCUGAGCCUUUAGCAAAUGCUGACAUUUCUGCUUACUACAUCAGCACCUUCAACUUUGACCAUGCCCUGGUGCCUGAAGAAGACAUUGAUAAUGUGAUCACAAUGCUGCAGAGACGUCAGAACAGUGACAGAUAGCAGGCGUCCUCCGAUUCGGUGUUUGCAGUGGCUUCAUCAUCAAGUUGAUGAAUGAAGUUUGAAGACCAGGAAUUGUUCUCUCCAAGAAGUCUAAACAGAUACUUACGCCAACAAUUUUCUGCAGUAUUUAGUAGCUAAGCAAUUUGUUUAGAAUAGGAUUAGCUAAUUUUCUUCAGGAAAAUCUGUUUACUACUUCAAUGAUUGAACUGUGUGAAGUUCUGGCAAUUUUUAAUUAUUGUUUGCACUUACACCUUGAAUGUGCAGAUGGUCUUAUUUUAGAAGGCCUGCAGAGUUGCCCCAAAUAUCACUUAAGGGCAAACUGAGUCUAUUGAAAUAGGUAAAAGGCUGUGCAAUGUAAGUAAGGUACAGGCUUAAAAUAUUUGUUACAUGCCUCUGACCCAGUGGUUUCUGCAGAAAAGUGGAGUUGGGUGUGAUGAGGCUCCUAGGUUUACUCUGGUAUGCUAUUGGAUUAAUUUUUGUUUAUUUUUCUUUUAGCCCUAAGUUUGUCUUUAACAGACCAUAUUGUUAAUUUUCCGCACAUUUUAUUUAAUUACACAUGGUCGUGAAUUGUUUUCAUACGCUUGCAGUUAUGGCACUCCAAGAUGUGCAUUCUGUGUAGAUCUUUCACCACUACAAUGAACUUCUGUUUUCUCAGGAUGAAAGAGGAGUGUGGAGUACAGAGACUGUCAUUUCCAAAUAGUCUCUUUUUUUUUAGACUUCAUUGGUUUUACUUGGAGUGUGGACUGGUGUUUUAGCCACACAGGGUGCUGAAGCCUGAUGGAAUGUUGUUAGGUUUUCUGUAGGUUCAGGAACUGAUGGAGUGUGUGGCCCCGUAAUUGGGAUCUAAAGUGCUGGACAGACCUCUGGCUGGAAAAUGUAAACUGAUAUUUGGGAUUAAGUCUUAUUAAAAUAAGAAUCCAUUUACUAAAGAAA